AAUGUAGGAUCUUUUGUCUUACAAGCUAGUUGUGCGAGUACCUGAAACUCUACCUUUUCUCCAGGUAAUGUGGACAUCGUGAACGGAAACCUGAAGCUCAUCCUGGGCCUGAUAUGGUCCCUGAUCGUGCGCUACCAGAUAGGCAGAUCGAAGUUCCCUCCCAGAAAGCUGAUGCUGGCUUGGCUGCAAGCAGUACUGCCCGAGUGUAAAGUCAGCAAUCUCACCACCGAUUGGAACUCUGGUGUACUUCUUUCGGCUCUUGUCGAUUACUGUAGGCCUGGACUGUUCCCCCACUGGAGAAAGCUUGAUAAAGCUAAUGGCAUCGAGAAUUGCCGUAGAGCCAUGGAGAUAUCCCAGAAAGAGCUUGGAAUCCCUGCAGUGUUAGAGCCAGAAUAUCUGGCAUCACCAUGGCUGGAUGAGCUGUCUGGAAUGACCUAUCUCUCUUAUUUCAUGAAGCCCGGGUCUCCGGGAUUCUAUGCCACACUCCGAUGGGUCAACUCGAGGCUGGAACGACCUGUCAAGAACUUUACGAGCGACUGGAACGAUGGUAAAGUGAUAAGCGAGUUGAUUAGAUCACUUGGUGGUUCUGCCAGUGCUCCAGAGAAGCUGAAGAGUGAUCCUGCAUACUGGGAGACAAACCAAGCGCAAGCCAUCGACGCAGGAAAAAGAUUAGGUGUGCAACCGAUUCUGUCAGCCAAAGACAUGGCUGACAGGCACGUGGAACACCUCGGGGUUAUGGCUUAUGCGGCUCAUUUCCAGUGGGUUCCGGAAAGACCGCCACUUCACGACCUCAUCGGCGUUACUUUGGAGUCGACGUCUGGAAGAGUGGGACAGCCGACACACUUCCAAGUGACCCUGUUGGACUCCUCGUUAUCCUACUCCUCCUUGUCCGUGGAAGUACGCGCUUCAGACCAGAAAACGUACCAAGUUCGCGAUCUGCGUCAAGGACGCGGGAGUUUCGUGCCGUCCAAGCCUGGCAUGCACGAGCUGGUCGUCAAGUACGACGGACAAGAGGCCCAAGGAGGACAUUUCUUCAGGGUACUACCGCCUUUAGUCGAGGUGGCACCGCCAGGAAUGGCGCCGUGUGCGCUCGGCUCUUUGGUACAGGUGCUAGUCAACGCUACUGGUGCUCCAAGAAGAGAGGACAUCCUAGUGACAGCUUACAGUCCAUCCGGAAGACCUGUCAAUUGUCCUUUGACGGUUAUCGACGGAACUAACAGUGCUACGUUCAAGCCAGACGAAGCUGGGGAAUGGAGGAUAGAGAUAACGUAUCAAGGCAAACAAAUACAGGGUGGCCCAUUCACGUGUUCUGUCUUCGACCCCAGCGGCGUACGAGUUACCGGCCUAGAGGGCGCUUUGCCUCUGGUACCUCACGUGGUGGACCUCGACUGUCAUGCUUGUGGCGUACCUGGAGAGGUCACAGCGGAUGUAGUGAGGGACAAGAGGUCCAUAAGGAGUCACGUGGAGAAGGUUGACGAGUGGAGGUACAGGGUCAGGUUCACGGCGAAAGAAGCUGGAAAACAUAGGUUAUAUGUGUACUUCAACGGAUACGACGUGAAGGGUUCUCCGUUCAUAAUGCGAGUCGGAACCCAAAGAAAGUCAAAACCGCCCAACGCCAGUCCAAAUUCGACGUUUAGAACGAGUCCAACGAAUAGAUAUUCUAGUUCCAGUCCAGUCAAUUCUAGUCUAAAUACUUCGAAAAAUACCAGCUAUAAUAGCUAUAGUAGACAAAGUGCCAGCCCAUCGUUUGCGGACGAAACCCACAAGUUCGCCCAAGACUAUCACAUGAAGGCAGUAUCUGAAAAAAGGAUGACCUCAAAUUCACCAAGCUACAACGAUCGCCAUAGUCCAAGUUAUCGAGCAACUAGUCCAUUUAACAGGCCACCUAGUCCCUAUAGAAAUGGGAGUCCCAGCUAUAACCCAAGUCCUAGUCAAGGAAGAGACAGUCCAGACUACAUAACUAGCAGAAAAUUGAACGAAAAACGCUUCGACACCAGCCCCAGUCCAAGUUUCACCAAGAAAAAUGAAUAUGAUUCAAAUUACACCAGUAAAAUGUCCUCAAUGAGAAUAUCGGACAGCAGAAGCCCAGUGUUUAUGGAAAGAUCAAGCCCAGAAGUGGGCAACUACUCAACAUCCCGAUACGAAAAAAGGACGGAAUCUCGAUCUUACAACCAUUUCAACGACGGUGGAGGCGUAGACACAAGUCCCAUCAUAAAAGUGUCGUCUAUGUCGGACAAUGCAGCUGGCAGGAGGGACUCGUGGGAUGCCAUAAACAAAACUAGAAAUAUUCUAUCUGAAAGAAGCUUGGAGAGCGUAGCCAACCUUACUGAGUCUCAGUUGGACUCUGAACUGCGGAGGAAAAAGGCUGAGGAACAUUCACGGUUUGUAACAAACGAACAGUCCUACAGAAACGAGUCUUCGUACAAAUCAAACUACAGCCAGAAGUAUGCUUCGGACUCGUAUGGAAGAAGCUCGCCAGUGUAUAAGUCUGUCUCGAAAAGUAGCAACGGAGGUGCUUCAGCUAUCAGGGUCCAACCGGUGCCGGACGGAAUUCUUGGACAGCCGGUUGAAUUCGAAACGGUCAUUACAUAAACGGUUCAUGGCUUCAAACCAUAUCACAAAGAUAUCGUUAAUACAUUACUUAAUCAACUAAUGCUAGUAUGAUCUAACUAUAACUUAUAUACACCAUUUUUUGAUCUAAGCAAAUCAUUCACAGUUUUAAUUCUAAUCUAAUACUCUAACGGUAUAUGAGUUUCGCGUUGCUUCAAACCUACUGAACCAAAUUCCUGUAGUUUUUGGAAUAUGAAAUACCAGAAUUUAAAAAAAUGGGACACAUUUUCUGUUAAAGAAUUGUUUCCAGUUUAACGCUUUCAUUCCAGAGACUGACGGAAAAAACAGAAAUUUUCCAAAUUGGUAUCAGUUUUUUCCCUACUUCAUUUGUAGUGGGAUUCCAAAACAAAUUGAAAUUAUAUCAAAAAUAUAUAACGUAUCAGCCUUAGUAAUUAAAAAGACAGCAUUUCCUAGGUAGGCCUUGAAAUUCUCGUAUAGUCAUUUGUUUCGUAUACCAGAUAUCACAAAUUCGUUUUUAUUUUUUCCUGAAUUUAUUUGAGAUGCGAUUUUGAAAUAAUUUGCGACUUGUCGACACUUUUUUUCCUCUAUAAUAUGGCGUAGUCAAAUUUUCAAUUCGAGGUUUCUUCAGUCUUCAUCACCAAUUUUUUUUCUUUAUAAUAUUGUUAAGAAGAAAUAUUUCUUUAAUUAAGUAU